AUUACAGAUACAAGAAAGAUGAGCUCUUCAAGAGACUAAAAGUGUCUACAUUUGCCCAACUGGUUAUUCAGGUUGCCACUCUGUCGGAUGAAACUUUGAAAGGGCCACCUGAAGAAGGCCAGAAACUAGAUG